GGGAAGUGAAUCACUCACAAAAUACAAACUUAUCUCAGCCUUCAGAUUUUUAGUUAUAUCAACUCAUCUGAAACUGGAAAAUGUUUUCUGUAAAAGAACUAGUUGAAUCAGUUCCCCUCACUUCACUUCCUUCCAACUAUAUCUUCGGUAAUACAGAAUCUAAUCGUCAUUGUUUGCUCAUGGAACCAGAAGAAACAGUCCCCAUCAUAGAUUUCUCUCUGCUCACAUCUCAUGAUCCUCAUCAACGAUCCAAAACCAUUACUCAACUCGGCAAUGCAUGCUUGAACUGGGGAUUCUUCAUGGUAAUAAAUCAUGGAGUGGCGGAGACAUUGAGAGACGAAAUGGUAAGGGAAACCGAAAGUUUCUUCGAUUUAAGAGGGGAGGAAAAGAAACAGUAUGCAGGGAAGAAGCUGUUUGAUCCCAUAAGGUGUGGAACCAGUUUCAAUGCUAAUGUGGAUAAGACUCUUCUUUGGAGGGAUUAUCUCAAGAUUCACGUUCAUCCCCAUUUCAAUGCUCCUGCCAAACCUUCUGGCUUCAGCAAGGUUCUGCAGGAAUACUGCGAAAAGACUGGAGAAAUGGCAAAUGAGCUGCUUAGAGGGAUAUCUGAAAGCCUGGGACUGGAAGAAAGGUACAUAAAUGAGAAACUGGGAGUGGAAUCUUCGGAGUCUCAUCAGCUGUUCGUUGCGAAUAUGUAUCCGCCUUGCCCACAACCUGAGCUUGCAAUGGGUCUACCCCCGCACUCGGAUCACGGGCUCCUCACAAUCCUCAUGCAAAAUGGGAUUCAAGGCCUUCAAGUGAUGCACAAAGGAAAAUGGGUUCUUAUCAAUCCCCUUCCCAACUCUUUCCUCGUCAACACAGGCGAUCACAUGGAGAUACUGACCAACGGCAAGUAUAAAAGCGUGUUGCACAGAGCUGUGGUGAACAACAAAGCCACGAGGAUAUCCAUUGGAACUGCACAUGGCCCACCGCUUGACACCCUCGUAAGCCCAGCAAAGGAGCUGGUGGCGGACGACGCCGGCCAAGCAUAUCUAGGUAUCACGUAUAGGAACUACUUGGAGCUACAACAGAGCAAAAGUCUCAGUGGAAAAUCCUGCUUGGAUCGCCUCCGCUUUUCGAUGUGAUCUCGUUCUAGUCACUGUGUUCAUCAUUUCGUCACUUAAUAUCAGGUGUGCCAUAUUUUAAUCAUAGAAAAAGGAAAAAGUUGAUUGGUGUGGAGCUACAACAGAGUAAAAGUCUCAGUGGAAAAUCCAGCUUGGAUCGCCUCUGCCUUUGAAUAUGAUCUCGGUCUAGUCACCGUGUUCAUCAAUUCGUCACUUAAUAUCACGUGUGCCUUAUUUUAAUUCAUAAAAAAGGGAAAAAGUUAAUUGGUGCUAUGUUGCUCGAGUCAACCAUGGUAACAUGUACCUAAAUGAUUGUGCAAAAAACAAUUAUCCUGCUAUAUCACUUGCAAAAAUUAUUGUCUUCA